GCUUUAUGCAGAGGAUAGCGCGACGGUUUAGUUGCCCUUCUUUGAUUGUAUUGAAUUUUGUUUUGUUUCAGUAGAAACUGUUACGUCUCAACACCACAAAAGCACUUAAUUAGACCUUUACCCCGAGGCAAAACCCCACCCAUCCAUCAGCGCCUAUCCAGACGUCAACGCAGCGUGGACACCGACUCUUGACGGAUCUAGAAAAGGUCACUACCCCCACCACUACCUGACAGCCUGAACUAAUGAUGAGGGAGGGACAACAUCAAAUUCUACCGAAAAACGACGGCGACCUUGGAUUUACAGGUUGCUAUCCUGCCGCAUAUUCCAUACCAUCGAGCUUCGGAGGCGGGGUUACUGCGGAGCGUUGUGACAGCAUGGGCGUGGUAUCGCAACGGAUUCAACGAUUGUAAUUUGUUGCUAGACAGUCUUCAGACUCCCUAAUCGACUCGCCUAGGGAAGGCGACGAUAUUAAAAUCAGAGACUUUUCGUGCAGUAGGACAGAUGGUCCUGAUGUGAACUCGGACGUUUAACUUGCUGCUGCAUGGAGUGGGCUUCCGUAACUAGAGCCGUGUAACUAAGCCAUUAAACUCUUUUUCCUUCAUUUCUACUACCUGACGUAUUCGUCAAUGGGCGUGGUGGACUCCUUGCCCUAAAGCCACCUUAAGCCGCAGAAAACUGGUUGACAGCGGUGAGAUCAAGAAGGCAGUCCUCGCGAUCUGGGAUCGGUGAACCUGUGAACGUGGCUCCGGGAGACACGAACUUCGCAAUGUCGUGGAAAGCUACGGACGGAAGAGCGGCUUCUGCGCAUCCGGGAUCAGCAGACCUCCUCUUCGUAGCUCAGGGAUGCACAACCGUCGCAGUAACCGAGUGGAGUCUUGGACGACUCGAGAAAUCUGGAAGGAAGAGCGGCAGAAGGCCGUUCCACGAUCUGGGAUCGGCGGACCUGGGAAGUUGGCUCCGGGAGACACGACCUUCGCAAGUUCAACGUUGGGUACGUCGGACCGGCAUUUCACUAUCUUCGGGAUCGGCCAACGUGUGGGGAACGCUUAACGCCGGCUUCAUCUCCGCCGCGGGUCGGUCCGGCAUGGCACAAUCUUCGGGAUCGCCCCACGUAUGGGGAGUGCUUAACGCCUCCUUCAUCUCCACUGUGGGUCCGCCCGGCAUAGCACUACCUUCGGGAUCGGCCCACGUACGGGGAGUGCUUAACGCCUCCUUCAUCUCCACUGUGGGUCCGCCCGGCAUAGCACUACCUUCGGGAUCGGUCCACGUACGGGGAGCACUUACGCCUGCUUCACCUCCGCCGCAGGUACGUCGGCCCCGCAAUUCACUAUCUUCGGGAUCGGCCUCAGUGUGGGGAGUGCAUAACGCCUGCUUCACCUCCGCCGCGGGUCCGUCCGGCAUUUCACUAUCUUCGGUAUCGGCCCACGUGUAGGGAGGGCUUAACGCCUGCUUCGCCUCCGCCUUGGGUCCGCCCGCCAUGGCACUAACUUCGGGAUCGGCCCACGUAUGGGGAGUGCUUAACGCCUGCUUCACUUCCGCCUCAGCUACAUCGGCCCGGCAUUGCACUAUGUUCGGGAGUGGGCCCACGUGUGCGGAAAAUUUAACGCCUGCUUCACCUCCGCCGCGGGUCAGCCCGGCAUUCCACUAUCUUCGGGAUCGGUCCACGUACGGGGAGUGCUUAACGCCUGCUUCACCUCCGCCGUGGGUCAGCCCGGCAUCGUACUAGCUUCGGUAUCGGCCCACGUAUGGGGAGCGUUUAUCGUCUGCUUCACCUCCGCUGUGGGUCCGCCCGGCAUCGCACUAUCUUCGGGAUCGGCCCACGUACGGGGAGUGCUUAACGCCUGCUUCACCUCCGCCGCAGGUCGGCCCGGCAUAGCACUAACUUCGGAAUCGGCCCACGUACUGGGAGGGCUUAACGCCUGCUUCACCUCCGCUGCGGGUCCGCCCGCAUUGCACUAACUUCGGGAUGGGCCCACGUAUGGGGAGUGCUUAACGCCUGCUUCACUUCCGUCUCAGCUACAUCGGCCCGGCAUUGCACUAUGUUCGGGAGUGGGCCCACGUGUGCGGAAAGCUUAACGCCUGCUUCGCCUCCGCC